CUAUGCAUCAGUAGCGGGGCUAGGUUUUCCGUCAAGGGUGUUCAUAUUUUAAAGAAUUCUUCGUUCCUUCUACCAAAAGAAAAAAAAAGAAAAAAAAUGCUGGAGUUGGGGCACGAACCCGUGCGGCUAGGGUGAAGUUGCAUACCCUUAACCGCUAGGUUAUUGCUGCUUUCUAUAACAAACUUGUUCAGCUUUUAAUUGAUAUUAAAAAAAUAUAUAUAUAAUCUAUAUAUACAAAAAAAAAGAAAUUUUGAGGAAGAUUGUUCAUCUGACCAUGUAGCAAUGUAGCUCCACCCCUGUAUGUCAUGGUAUCAAGUUGACUCCUUUGGACUGUUACUUUUUUAAGUAUACGGGAAGUAUAUAGUUUUUUUCUUCAAAUGUGAGUCAAUUUUUAGUUAAAGCGUAGCAUCACAGCAAAAGAGCUAAACCAGAUGUUUUCUUUAGAGUGGAAGUUCCAUCAUUAUUGACCAAACUUGUUGCCAACUUCGCCAAAGAAAUCGUCCCCCGUGUCUUUGAUGAUGACUGAUAAGACUUUAGCACUACUAUGUGGUACUAUGGUGCUGUUGUUCUCAAGGGAGGAGGAGGAGUAUUAGAGAAUUACGUCUUUGAACGUUUCUAUUAAUUGGUUAAGGCUGUAUGCAGCAUGUUUUAUUAAGCUAUCUGCAUAUUUUAGAUGAGUUGCUUUAAGGGCCCUAUAUUAUCUCUGAAUUUUUACUGUCUGUCUAAGAAAUAUCAUCUGAGAUGGAAGUUCAACGUUCUCUAGAACAAGAGAAAACUUCAGGCAAAGAUGACGUAGAUGCAGUUAGAACUGGAACUGUAUGGACUGCAGUUGCACAUAUUAUUGCAGCUGUAAUUGGAGCUGGUGUUCUAUCUCUAGCCUGGGCCACAGCACAAUUAGGAUGGAUUGCGGGGCCAAUCACCAUGCUUUGUUUUGCAGUUGUUAUGUACAUAGCUGCAUGCCUCUUGAGUGACUGUUACAGGACAAAUGAUCCCAUUACCGGAAAGCGAAAUCCGUCUUUCAAUGAAGCUGUUAGAGUUUACCUUGGCAAGAAAUGGACGUGGUUGUGUGGUUUGCUUCUGUAUGUGAACUUCUAUGGGACUGGUAUUGCCUACGUAAUUACAAGUGCAACAAGUAUGAGAGAAAUUCAGAGAGUAAAUUGUUACCACAAAAGAGGAGAAAAAGCACAUUGCCAGACUGGGACAAACAUGUUCAUGCUGAUUUUUGGCAUUAUUGAGAUAGUAACGUCGCAGAUACCAGAUUUUCAUAACAUGGCGUGGUUGUCUGUUGUCGCUGCAUUAAUGUCAUUUUGUUACUCUUUCAUUGGAUUGGGCCUUGGAUUUUCUAAAGUGAUUGAUAACAGGAGUAUCAAGGGAAGCAUUGUGGGUGUAUCAACAAAGAGUGCUUCUCAGAAGAUAUGGUUAGUCUUCCAAGCACUCGGUAACAUAGCUUUUGCCUAUCCUUAUGUGGUUGUUCUCCUCGAGAUACAGGAUACACUAAAAUCGCCUCCACCCGAAAAUCAAACCAUGAAGAAGGCAUCAAUGACCGCAAUAGUUAUCACCACUUUCUUCUAUCUAUGCCUUAGUUGCUUCGGCUAUGCAGCCUUUGGAAACGACGCACCAGGGAACCUCUUGACAGGUUUCAACGAGCCGUUUUGGCUUGUUGACUUUGCCAAUGCCUGCAUAGUCCUUCAUCUGGUUGGAGGGUAUCAGGUAUUCAGCCAGCCAGUAUUUGCAUUUGUGGAAAAAUGGGCAACUCAGAAGUACCCUGAUAACAGAUUCGUAACUAAGUUCUACGCCAUCAAACUCCCGGUGUUGCCAGCUCUCCAGUUGAACUUCUUCCGGUUAUGUUUUCGGACUCUAUAUGUUAUAUCUACAACAGCAAUAGCAAUGGCAUUUCCUUAUUUCAAUCAAGUGUUAGGAGUUUUGGGUGCAUUGAUCUUUUGGCCUACGACCGUAUAUUUCCCAGUGGAAAUGUACAUUGUGCAAAAGAAAAUUGAAGCUUGGUCAAGGAAAUGGCUACUUCUUGAAGGUUUCAGUAUGGUCUGUUUGAUUGUGUCUGUACUGGGCUUUAUUGGAUCAAUUGAGGGAAUAGUUAGUGCUAAAUUAGCUUAAGAUAUAAAACUUUCUACUUAUAUUAUCAAUAAUGUUGCUAGUAAAUAGUUUAGUAAGAUCUUUAAGCUAAAAGACAGGUAUAUUUUAUUAUUAUCAUUGGGACAAUUUAGCUUAUUUCAUGCCA